GCAUGAGUCAUGUAGUGUAGAUAGUAGAACAAUUGAGGGUGUUGCUGUGGGCAGGUUUACGGUUUGUAAUCCGUUCCACAUCGUAUAAUGGCUACACAUUCUGGUAAUGCUACUGAAGGCAAAAAUGACAGCGAGAAACCUGUGACUUCUCCGCUCCAAGAGUGCUACGAAAAUUACAUUCUUAUUGAUAUUGGUGCGAACUUAACCAAUAAAAAGUAUGGCAGGGAUUUGGAUUCCGUUGUACAGAGAGCUAAAGACGCCGGUGUUCAAAAAAUAAUAGUUACAGGCACGUCACUGCGUUCAAGUAAGGAAGCCCUUCGCCUUACAAGAAUAUUUCCUGGCACACUGUAUUCAACAGCAGGCAUACAUCCACAUGAUGCAAAGUCUUGGACAGAGGGCUAUUUAGAUGAUUUAAGGGAUAUUGCAUCAAAUCCAGAAUGUGUAGCUAUUGGAGAAUGUGGAUUAGAUUACAACCGUGAUUUUUCUACACCGGAUAUGCAGAGAGAGGUGUUGGAGAAACAGGUUGCACUGGCAUGUGAAUUGCGUAAACCCCUGUUACUGCAUGAAAGGGAUGCUCAUAAAGAUUUAAUCAAAAUAUUGGAAAAGUAUAAGGAAAACCUGCCUUCUGUUGUUAUACACUGUUUUUCUGGAACUUUCGAAGAAGCAGAAAGCUAUAUCAAAAUGGGAAUAUACCUGGGAAUAACAGGUUAUUUAUGCAAGGACAAAUCUGACAAUGGAGUUAGAAAGCUUUUAGAAUCUGGUGUCAUCCCACUGGAACAGUUGAUGGUGGAAACUGACUCUCCAUUCAUGUAUCCCAACACUCGCGCAUCUAAGUUGCCCCCACAUGUUAAAGAGGCUCUAACAGAAAGGUCUCUCACAUUUUUGCAGCGGUACUGUACCUUUCAGAGAAAUGAACCAUGUUCACUUCCUGCAAUUGUCGAAAUGGUUGGGGCGUUUAUGAGAAAAGGACCUGAAGAAGUUGCUCUAGCAACUGCAUUUAAUGCUCUGAAAGUAUUUGGCCUUUCACAUUAAAGCUGUUCUUCCUUGCAGAGUGUAAUCUCUGUUAUACUUUUGACUGUGCCAGUUGUUAAAAGGUUACUGAUAAUAUUUUGUACCACCAUGACAAUAUGACAAUAUGUUGUUGACUGACAAGUCAUUAAGUAUGUUGUAAACACUGUUUACCAUAUUGUGUCCUACCUGCAAUACUCGUAUAGAUAAGAGAAUUUAUAUAUGUUGAUGUUGUUGUUGUUUAUGAUAUGAUAUGUACAUAUUUAUAUAUGUAUUUAUACUUUCUCUACAUAUCUUAUUAAAAGAAAAUUAUUUUGUUACAUGUA